AUGGAUGAAGUGAACGAGUCCGAUUGCAGUGUGUACUGGCAGGCUUACCCCGACCCAUCGUCUAGCCCAUACGCAACGAUUCCGUUCCUAACCGUCUAUGUGAUUCUGUUCUUUCUCGGGUUGUUAGGAAACUGUACCGUCAUUUUCGUCACUUGCAACAACAAAGCGCUACUGAGUGUUCAAAACAUUUUCAUUCUGAAUAUGGCUGCCAGUGAUAUUAUGAUGUGUUUCUUGUCACUGCCUAUUACUCCAAUAACCAAUGUUUACAAAAACUGGUACUUUGGUGAUCUUCUGUGUCAUUUGAUACCAUGUAUUCAAGGAAUAAGCAUUUUUGUAUGCACGUUUAGCUUGGCAGCUAUUGCUAUCGAUCGUUACAUUUUGGUAGUAAAACCACACAAAACACCACUUUCGCCAAAAGGGGCGUUCGUUUGCACAGUUCUUCUUUGGAUCAUUUCUUUCGUUGUCACGUUGCCAUAUGCAUUCAAUAUGCAGCGAAUUGCCUACUUGGAUGAGCAAAUUUGCGGAUUCUUCUGCACCGAGAAAUGGGAAUCUGCAAAAUCGAGAAGAGCGUACACAUUAGUUGUUAUGUUCUCUCAAUUUGUGCUCCCAUUUUCGGUAAUGGCGUUUGCUUAUUUAAAUAUUUUCGGAAUAUUAAAUCGAAGGGCUCAGGUCAAACUACGUCGGCUGGAUGAAAGAUCAAUUGCUCUUGAGAGCUCUUGCGCCUUUCCAUCUGCAGGAAUUGUGGAGAAGGGAGUGUUGAAUGAGUUAAACACUUUUCUCGAUAAGCAAGAAAAAGAAAAGCAACGUUUGGUUCAUCAAAAUAGAAGAACAACAACUAUAUUGGUAACGAUGGUUGUCUGGUUUGGUAUUACGUGGCUUCCCCACAAUGUCAUUUCCCUCAUUAUUGAGUUCGACGACACUCAAGAUUUUUUCCAACUUUAUGGAAGAACUGACUUGGACAUUAGCUAUUUACUAAACCUCUUCACCCAUUGCUUUGCGAUGUCAAACAAUGUUGUUAACCCCGUUCUGUACGCGUGGCUCAAUCCGACGUUCCGCCAGCUCGUUGUAAAAACGUUCAAUAAUAAAUCAAUCGUGCACAGAGAGCCGCGAGUUCAUACGGGACCCAACGAUAUUGACGAGCAGAGAAGAUUGCGAAGACAUACAAGUGGCGCGAACUUCUCCAAUCCGCCAUUUCCUCCAGUUCCGGAAUUUUCUGAAGAACCUGAAAUGUAA